CCCAUCUUGACAGAACACACAGCAGCAAACCGAGACAUUCAACUGAUGCCUCCACCGGCCAUUUCCAAACGCAGCAUCGGUUUGCAAACUCCUUCAAGAAAAGAAUUUCCUAAUCCCGUGAUCACUACUCUAUCUCCAGGUCGUUCCAUCGACUCCCAACUUAAUCAGAUUUCCAAAGAUCUUGGACUUAACGAGCGGGAAAAUUAUACCGGCUCACGUCCACCCUCAGAGCAGAUUCUCGGUCGGACAAUUAUUGAAACAGAUGACGAUGGAGGGCCAGGAGGUAAAACAAUGGCAAGUAGUGCCGACGACCUUCUUAAUUCUAUGUGCUACGACCUCGAUGGCACGGUGGAGUACUCUUUGUCAACCACCACCACCAACCCUCAAGACAAUGGCAACAGUUUCAACCUGGGCGGUAGUGGUGGAGGCGACACCUCGGUAUGCUCGAGCAACGCCACAGGUAGUGGAACAUCCGUCAGUCAUGGGAGCGGAAGCGCCAACCUCUUCCGCCAAUUCAUUCUCUCACGGAAGACCACAACGACGAGUUCUGGGGCUGUGGCACUACCUGCUGGAAGCAAAUUGAAAAAGAUUCGCAUUGGUGGCAGUGUCGGUGGCGGCGGUGGUGGUAUAUUAGGAAGUGGAAACAACAAUGUGAUGCUUGCGAAACCUGAUCUGUCUGCAGUGGAAAUUCUCGAGAAAAUUUCGGAAUCACUGACCAAGAACUCGAUCAGAUUCACUCUGAAAAGGCAAGUUUUGCUGCGGCACGGUUUCGUUUGUACUUUCGCAAACGACUGGGGUAGAGCUCUUUUGGAAUUCUCGAUUGAAGUGGUCGCCGUCGUAGGCAAGACGAGUAUCUCCAAACGUCUUCAUCUUCAGGCCUCUAAGAAGCUAAGCAGCAACACAUCAACUGGUUCAAAUCCGACUCCUGUGUUAGACAAACCCACCUCGAGCUCUGAGCUGCAGCGAGGUCGCAGUCCUUCCAUUGAGUCAAGUUCACAACUUGGGAUCAAGAUUAAACGUCUUCAUGGCGACGCUUUUACUUAUGCCAGCAUCUGUCGAACGGUACUGGAUCAAGCGGACGUAAAAGCUGAAGUGGCGGUUGUUGCUUCCCAGGUGGUGACAACGAAGAAAUAA